AUGCCAGACAAAAUCCUCCUACAAAUCUUUUCGUUCCUUAAACACAAGGAGCUGGGCAAAAUAGCACGAGUGUGUAAACGAUGGCGCCUCAUAGCCUACGACAGUCGCCUGUGGCAAGCUGUCUCCUUACGCCCCGAAUUCUCUGGGCUGCACAUUAACAGUAUUGAAGCACUGUUGGCCUUAAUAAACAUUCGCUUUGGCAACACCCUCCGCUACAUCGAGCUCCCUUGUGAGCUGAUCACAGCCCCUGUGCUACAUGAUCUUGCCAAUAAAUGCCCAAACCUUAGAUAUAUGACUCUGGACUUUUCCAAUGCCAUGCAAUUGCAUGAUUUUAAUGACCUGAAUGCCUUCCCCUGCAACCUUCGGAGCCUCUGCCUUUGUCUGUCGGAAGUCAUCUUUCUAGAAGGGUUCAUGCGAAGAAUUUACAGCUGCUUGUCGUCGCUUGAAGUGCUUCAUCUGAUUGGAACCUUUGAAUUGUCAUCUGAUGCAGAGGAGGAGAAUUAUGAAAAAAGCAAUAAAUUUAGCCUUUUUGCCAUUUUUUGGCUUUUUUUUUUUCUUGGUAUUUCUGAUUCAUUUUUUUCUUCUUCAUUUUCUAUCUCGCUUUUUUCUUUCUUCCCUUUUGAUCACUAUACUCCCUCACAUUUUUAUAUUUUUUAUCUGUCCUUUACUCUCUUCCUUUUCAUCCAUUACAUUUUCUUCUUUUUUUCUUCUCUUUUCUCUCACUUUUAUACCUUUUAUCCAUCCUUCCACAAACUCUCUCCCUUUUCCAUUAUAUCUUCUCUUUCAUUUUUGUCCUCUUUCCUCUCACUUUUGUUCUUUUUAUCUUUCCUUUUUUUUCCACCACACAUUCUUCUUUUUUUUGCUUUCUCAUAUCUUCUUCAUUUUACUUCUCUUUCCUCUUACUUUUAUAUCUUUUUAUUUAUCCUUUACUUCUUCUCUGCACACUCCUUUUCUUUCUCAUACCUUCUUUUUUAUACUUUACUUCUUCUACAUACUCUUUUCUUUCAUAUUAUGCCUUCUCCUUUAUUCUUCUUUAUACACUCUUUCUUUUCCUUCUCCCCUUUCUCAUUAUUCCUUCUUUUUUCUUUUCUUACUUAUUUUACUUCAUUUAAUUUUUUCUUUCAUGCAGAUCUUAAUUCAUUUUUAUUUUAA